CUCAUUGGUGCAACAGUACCUCUGACUGUGCUUAUGUAUGAUGACUAUAACGAUUUACACGAUCUUCAAGACAAGAUUGAAGGGAUGAAUUGGAACACUUUACAAGCCGCUAUGAUAUCUUCUCUUACGACUUAUUUCUUAAGUGAUAACCUCACAAGUCCCAAUACAACAUCAAACCAGUGGAAUAUCCUUUUCAUAGAGUAUAAGUGUUGCGGAGUUCGUAGCAUUCACGGGACGACUAACGAUUUUGACAUCACUCCAUGGUGUACAACGAGUGGAUCAUGUCAAAUUACAAAUUCUCAGAUUCCUAAAACAUGCUGCCUUGGAGUCACUAUGGAAGACUACCAGUCAGCUUCUAAUGAAUGUCAUGCUCAAGUCAUACCCCAAACAUAUAAUAAUAAGGGGUGCUAUAAGGCACUGAUGGAUAUAUCAAUAGAAGAAAGAGACAAGCACAAAAUAAAAAUCGAGCAGGUUCUUUGUGAGGGAAUGAAAGUACUAAUUGCGAUGGUAAUAUGUAUAAUAUUGCCAGUUUUCGGAAUCCUUGGGGUUGCUCCUCGCGGAAUCAGUUAUUGCUGCAAAAGGGAAUCAAAAGAAAAGAAAGGCGAGUGUCACAAUGGAAGCAUUCCAAAUGAGGAAACUGAGCAGACGCCAAUGUAA